UUUUGCUCUUUUGUGGGGGUGGCACGGAGCUGCCAGCAGGCUGCCAGGAGGCAGCAUGGCUCCUCGUCGCAUCUAGCUCGGCACCGGCUAUCCUGGCCUCAGAAAGGUCUGGGCCGUUUCCCACCCCGCCCUUGGGCUCCUCUGGGCUCAGUGCCAGAAGACUUCUCUUGUUGUUCUGUGACUCUACAACAGAGACUUCAACCCUCCCCUGUGCCAGAAAAAUGCUUAUUGGGCCCCACCGGAGCUGGCAAUACGGAGUUAGGAAUGGAUCCUCUUGGUGCCGCAAAUGUGGAAUUCUGCCUAGACGUCUUCAAAGAACUGAGCACGAAGAACCUGGACACCAACAUCUUCUUUUCUCCUCUGAGCAUGCUCUAUGCCCUCAGCAUGGUCCUCCUGGGGGCCAGAGGAAACAGUGCCCAUCAAAUGGUGAAAGUGCUUCACUUCAAUGAUGUAGAAAGAAUCAGUCCUGGGCUGGAAGGCAUGUUUAAGUGCGGCCAACGGGGAGAUAUCCACAAGGAGUUUCAGAUGCUGAUGUCUAAGAUCAACCGAGCCAAUAGUGAUUAUGCCCUCGGCAUUGCCAGCAGACUCUAUGGGACAAGGAAAAUGGUCUUCCUCCAGCAAUACUUAAACUGUUCUGAGGAGCUGUAUGGAGCCCAGCUGGAAGCUGUUGAUUUUGAGCACCCUCCAGAGGAAACCAGGAAACGGAUUAACGCUUGGGUGGCAGCUCAGACCCACGGUGCGAUCCCCAGCCUCUUCGGCCAGGGUGCCAUCGACCCAACUUCCGUAAUGGUGCUGGUCAAUGCGAUCUACUUCAAAGGAAAAUGGGAGAGCCGGUUUCUGAAAUCUCAGACUGUAGAAACCCCUUUCCACCUGAGCAAGGGGAGGAGUCUCUCUGUGCAGAUGAUGCACCAAAGUGGAAGAUUCAAAAUGGCCUCUGUAGAGGAACCUCAGCUGCAAGUCAUCGAGCUCCCCUAUGUUCAGAAGAACCUGAGUAUGAUUGUUCUCCUCCCCAACAGCCCAGACGACCUGGAGAAGAUUGAGAGGAGGCUGACCCUGAAGACCAUCAGCCAGUGGACCAGUUCUGAUAAUAUGACCGAACGAGACGUUGACAUCCAGUUUCCCCGGUUCCACCUCGAGGAGCAAUAUGAGCUCAAUUCGGUGUUACAGGCCCUGGGGAUGACAGACAUCUUCGACCAGUCGAGAGCUGACCUUUCGGGGAUCUCUCCCGGAGGAGACUUGUUUCUGACCAAGGUCACGCACAAGGCCUUUGUGGAGGCACGUAGACACCAACACGAUUCUCUUCUGCGGCCGUUUUUCCUCUCCAUAAGCGGCACUGCACCAGGUGCAGGAGAAGAUGUGUGGCUCAGAAAAAUUCCCAGGCCAACACGCUCUGCCCUACAUGGAGGAGAACGGGACCAGAACCUUCCCACAAAAGCAGCACUUUCCCGGGGUCUCUCGGCUUCCGUCCACUCGGCUUCUGGAGCUAAUUUUACUCUAGCCUUGCCAAGAGCUGCGCACCUUGAAGGGGCUAUAUUUUGUUGACUCACAGGCUCUCAGGAGCCCGUCCUAGAUCAUCACGUUGCCCCGGAUGGAACAAACCUCUUUAAAGCAAUAAGAAUCCAUUUGAACUUAG